UUCAUAAUUUUAAAAAGCUCUAUCAUAAUUAUAGAUUCAUAGAAGGGUGGAAAACUGCCGGAUGGCUGCUCCUGAAGGCGCAUUCUCUGCUGCGCUUAGGCGGUCACAAGACUUGGACAUCGGUGAGCAAAAACAUCGACAUGCUGACAGGUCAUCUAGAAGCUUACAGGCCCACAGAUUCUUCUCUUCUCUGUAUCCAACAUCCAACAAGUUGGUCCAUUUGGAAAACGACUGUCCUGCGCGGUGCUGCGCCACGGUAUGGGUCUUUGUCGUUUAUUUUCUUCAAUGGAAAUUUCAGUGGGGCUCUUUUUUAAUUGUUAAACCAUUACUCUGUCUGGAAAGGGUAAUUUUUAUUUGGAGCUGAAUAGUCCUGUUAACCUACAACUAGUGAUGUUUUGGUGCGUAAAGGAGGGGCGCAUGCCAAAGUGAGCGAAUGCCACUGGAAGAAAUUGCACCAAAGAUGUCAACAUUGCCUUACCACCCACACGAAAUCGAUUGUAUUACCUUCAACAAGGUGGCUCCUCGUAUAAAUAGGGACGCAUUAUUUCAAGAAAGACGGUGGUGAGCACAAUCUGCUGGCUGUACUCUUUCUCUCUCCUAUCCGGACCACAGACAACGCCUGGAAGAAUUUGCUGAAGACAACUGUGUCCACUCUCCAGGACAUAAGCAUCUUUAACUCCUAAACUAACACUGAAGUCAUGCAGGUGGAGAGGAAAUGGCACAUUUUGUUUACUAUCUUCUUUCUGCUCAUUACCUCGGGCCAGUGUAUGGACAGCAAGGACUUCAAGCAGAAAGAAAGAAGGACCCUGUUGGAUCUAAUCUUACAGGUUAUUAGAGACAGUCAGCAAAGGGACAAACCCGUCUUCAGGCGCUGUAGCAGUGGACUCACUUCAGCCCAAGACAUGAAGUUCUCCUCCCGGGAAAAGCCUUUCUAUGUUCCUAGGCUGGAUAACAGUAGACUCAUAGAAAUUGUUCCUAGAGAUGUAAACAUGAAAGGCAAAUUCAUUCAGCAUUUCACAGCAGGACCAGUCAAGUUCUCGUCGGAGUGCAGAACACACUUUCAUAGACUUUAUCACAACACAAGGGAUUGCUCAAGACCAGCAUAUUACAAAAGAUGUGCAAGACUGCUAACACGAUUAGCAAUGAGUCCCCUCUGCAUGCAAUCGUAGAUUUUGCAUGUAAUAAUGGAAGAGGGAUCAAUGUGUUGCCAAGGAAGUGCCUUCAAAUCCAUAGCAGUCAUAUUAACAUUGUUAUGUUUAUAGUGUUUCUAUUUUUGUUGUUUUUGUUGUCAUUAUUGUAAAUGCUGAUGGACAUUGUUGGUUUUUCAAUGGAUGUGCUUUUUAUUUUAAUGUACCUGUGUGUACCAUAUAUUUGUGAGGAGACAUUCAUUUAAUAUUAAAUGCACCUAUUUAUUGAAA